CGCCUCUCCGGAUUCCCAGCUUGUCCACUAUGCCCUCGUCGUCGUCGUCAUCGUCAUCGGCGCCGCACGCUCGUCCGGCGCCACGCCUCGGCCAGAGCAGCCGCGCUGCCAGCGUAUCAAGCGGCAGCCGGAGCACUCGCUCCGCCGCCGCCGUCGCCGCCGUCGGCGUCGCUUCCAUGCGCGACGUUGCGUCGCUGCACGCCGCCGCCGCGAGCGGCGCGCCAAUCACUGCGCCUGCGCUGCCGCGCGGCAGCGGUGCAGAGCCAGCCUACUACCUCGCUCCUCCCGGCUAUGCGCGCGCGGCUCGCCUGCCUGGCUCUGCAGGCGAAGCCGGCGGUGUCCCUGCACACCGCUUCUCUGACAGCAAGUCCGCCACGCCCGGCGCCGUCGAUGAUGAUGAGGCGCCAUCCGUGCCGGCGGCAACAUUGAACGCGGGCGGCUACUGGCCGCCACAAAGCUAUGGUGGCCCAGGCAGCUGGCGGAAGAAAGGCGACGGCAAUUGGGAGUGGAUCGAGGCGGUGGGAGAGAUGAUUGAGGAGACCAUCGUGCCCACGCUGCGCCACAACGACUGGAGUCUGCCCCAGGCAAAGCAGAUUCUCUCCAGCUGGGCCACGCUCGCCACGCUGCUUGCCGGCACGCAGACGUCGCUGCUCAACUACACUUCGGAGCGCAACGCGUCUUCGCCGACGGGCGGUCUCGUGCUGGGGCUGCUGUACGGCGGCAUUGUGCUUGAGAUCUGGGGAGCCAUUCUGGCCAUCAGUCUCAUCAUCGCCAGCAUCACGCUGCAGGCGCCCGAGGCUCCGAACCGCAUCAACGGCGCGCCGGGCACCGACGGCGGCGCCGCCUUGGGCCCACUUGGCGUGCCGCGCUACGCCAGUGUGCACGCCGACGGCAGCAGCGUGCUGCUGGCGCAGCCCUCGUCGAGCUCGGCCUCGACGGGCCUCUCAAGCACGGCCCUUGCCGUACUGGAUCGCAUGACGUACGCAUGCGGCGUCAUUGUGCCCCUCGGCGGCCUGCUCGAGUUCGUCGCCUUCACUCUCUUUGCCUUUGGCCAGCUGCACGUCUCGCCCACGGCAUGGCACGGCGCCGUAGGCCUGGCUGCGGCCCUGGCGUUUUGUGUGGGCACGACGCUGGUCGCCAUGUUUGGCGGAUGUGUCAGUGCUCGCCGCCGCGCGCGCAAGCUGCAGCGCCAGCACAUGAAGACGCCCGCGACGACGAUGCGGCGUCAUCGAUGCGAGGCAGGCACGGCGGAGGAUGAGGAAAAGCUCCUGGAGCAUGGCGCUGCGAGCGUCGUCGUCGGCUAGACGCGCGCCCGACUGCCGCACUCGCACUGGAAGCGGCAAUUCAUAACCCUUAUCUGUG